CCUCAGGGACGGCCCGGCCCGGCACCUGCGGAGCUCCCCGCCAUGGACGUGUCCAGGGCCUUCUUCAGCCAGCUGCGGGACCUGGCCGUCACGCUGGAGAAGGAAGUUAAGCAGCUGAAGGAGGCUUUGCGCAGUGAGGACGCGGACUCUGAAGAUGAAUCUUCAGCAAGGGUGUUGCAUGACCUUCAUGGUGAAAUCAAAACUCUGAAGGAACAUGUUAAUGCCAGUUUUGGUAAGAGUUGCUCUGAAAACCAAGCAGUUCGUGAGUUUAUGAAGGCACAUGAAAUACUGGUGCAAAGAAAUGCAGCAGAUCUUGGAAAAAUAAGAGAGCUGUUCCAGAAGUAUGGCUACAAACCACCUGUCAAAGACGCUACAGAAGAAGAGGAAGGAGCUAACAGUGAAUUGACAGCGUCUGCCCAGAAUAAAUCUGAUGAAGAAAAAGCAAAUGAUCUUCCUGCUUGUACUGAGAAGUCACUGUUGCCCAAAACCCUACUGCGUAGCCCCCAGCUUUCUGAUUUUGGUCUUUCACAAUAUGCUUUCUCCAGGCCUUGGAGUGCAGUGAAAACACAGAACACAACAAAUACACAUCAACAACAGUCAAAGAAUGAGACUCCACUGAAAAUACAAACCCCCCGUACUUUGCCCAGAACACCAAAAUGUAAGCUGAAGAUGGAUGGUUAUGAGUUUGCAACACCAAAACUUGAACACUUUGGCAUUAGUGAACAUACCAUGUGUAUGAAUGAAGAAUUUACGACGUCACUUAUUCAUAAAACUGCUCAGACAAUCAAACAGUUGGUUAAAACAGAUGAUGAUGGAGAGGAUGUGCCAGAAAUGACAGCCAGGGAAAUCAUGGUUACUUCUGUGCCAAAAUCAAAUGUGAGAGCUGAGAAUGUAUCAGCAGCUGACUGGAUGGCUUCUCCUAUGGUAGUUGUGUUCUGUACUCCUGAUGUGAAGGUCUCUUCCAAAACAAAUAGAACAGUAUUACCAAGGUCACCAGAGACAAAGGAACUGCCUCUUCCCAGUCAUACAGCAACACCACAGUGUCCAGAUUUUCAAACAGGCUGGCUAAAAAGAGAAGCUAAGCAGCAGGUAAAGCCAGAGGGAAAGAUUGAGUCAGUGACAAAGAGUGAUGCAAAAGAUAAACACUACAAAGAUAGCAUUCCUUUUGCUGUGAGCCCUGAUGCGUAUCUUAAACAUCUGGGAGACCCUUCUCCUCCCACAAUAAAACACUAUGACCAGUUGCUCGAUACUCCUCCACCUCCAGAAAUAACAAGGAUACCAGAUGAUGUUCUACAGAUUCUGUCCAAAUACAAUCAUAAGGCAGGCUCUUCUAAAGCCAAGGAAAUGGAGAUCAAGGCAGGAAAUACUACGAGAUAUGAGAAUGAUUCCACUGAUUACAGCAACAAAGAGAACAGAGGAUAUCGCGGAGUUUUCAAGCCAAACAUCUGAAAUCAAGCUGAAGACCGCGUUGAGACUGUUUCAUGUUUGUGGAUCUUAUCACUGAAUCAUAACAAGUUCAAAAAGCAAAAGGAAAUACUGGUGGGAAGAAAGAGCCCAAAAAAGAUUUUUUAAAUGAAGAAAAAUUCUUUAUCCACGAUGUGGAUAAACUUGUUUGAAAUAACAACUUGUGCUUCAUUUCCUACUGAUGUUAUUGGCAAAAUGUUUUGAGGGUUUUUAAAUAUAUUAUGCUUCAAAGAGGAAUGGAGAACGAGGUAGUACUUCAGUUGUUUAUUGUGUAGGCUUGCAUUGCAGUAGGCUGUAGAUAGAGCAGUUGGGUUGUCAUAAAGGGAAAGUCCAAUGUACUGCCCCAAAAAGUGGGUAUCUCUGGCUGUUCUUGUGACACUGUACAUCUUUUCAGGGCUGAGUUUGAAGUCUAGUACUUCAACAGUAUUGGGUAUCUUCAACAGACCUAAGUCUUUUUUUGUUGGAAGAGUAGCUCCUGCUUUACUGUUUAAAGCACUUCUGUGCUUUCGGACACAUU